AUGCGUGUGGCCGUCAUCGGGGCCGGGGUGAUUGGGCUCUCCAGUGCCCUGUGCAUCCACCAGCAGUACCACAGCCUGGUGCCCUCCCUGCAGCUGGAGGUCUAUGCAGACUGCUACACGCCCAGCACCACCAGCGAUGGGGCAGCUGGCUUGUGGCAGCCCUACCUGAGCGACCAUGGCAACCUGCAGGAGACGCUGUGGAACAAGGAGACGUUUGAGCACCUGCUGGGACAGCUGGGCUCCCCAGCAGCCCAGGAGAUGGGACUGUUCCUCCUCUCUGGCUACAACCUGUUCACACAGCCAGUGCCGGACCCAUCUUGGAGGAACAUUGUCCUGGGAUUCAGGAACCUGACACCAAAGGAGCUUGAGCUCUUCCCUGGCUACAGCUAUGGCUGGUUCAACACUGCAUUGAUGCUGGAGUGCAGGAGCUACCUGCCAUGGCUCACCAACAAGUUAAUGCAGAGAGGGGUGAAGUUCUUCCAUAAGAAGGUCGAAUCUUUCCAGGAGAUGUUUGCCCAGGGGGUGGAUGUUGUGAUAAACUGCACUGGGAUGCGUGCUGGGGAGCUGCAGCCUGACCCAGAGCUCCAGCCUGGCCGUGGACAGAUCAUAAAGGUCCUGGCCCCAUGGGUGAAGCAUUUCAUCAUCACUCACAGCAGCCAAAGUGGCAUCUACAACUCACCAUACAUCAUCCCAGGGAGGGAGUUCACAGUCUUGGGAGGCAUCAACCAGCAUGGCAACUGGAGCAGAGAGAACAGUGCCCAGGAUCACCAAACCAUCUGGGAGAGCUGCUGCAAGCUGCUGCCUUCUCUCCAGAAAGCAAAGGUGGUGCAGGAGUGGAGUGGCCUGAGACCGACGCGGCCCCGGGUUCGCCUGGAGCGGGAGAGCAUCGCCCACGGGCAGCUCCGGGCAGAGGUGAUACACAACUAUGGGCACGGAGGGUUUGGCAUCACCAUCCACUGGGGCUGUGCCAUGGCAGCAGCCAGGCUUCUGGGGAGCAUCCUGGAGGAGAAGAAGCUGGCCAGGCCCUGCCAGCCUCGCCUGUGAGUCGCCUGCUCACCUGGGCAGCAGUAGCUUAGGAAUCACAGCAGGAGGAUGGGAAGAGCACAGUGACACAGGAGGGCACUUCAACCCUCCCACCAGCUCCAGCACCACUUCUCACACCCACUUCUGAGGAAUGGGUGCAGACGAGGCCACAAAGGUGAUCAGAAGGCUGCAGCACCUCUCCUGAGUGGACAGGCUGGGAGAGUUUGGGCUGUUCAGCCUUGAGGUGGUUCCAGAGAGACCUCAGAGCAGCAUUGCAGUACCUCGAGGGGGCUACAGGAAGGCUGCAGGAGGACUGUUUAGAGGGGGGUUGCUGUGAUAGGAUAAGAGGCAGCAGCUUGAAACUGGAGCAGGGGAGAUUGGGGUUGCAUGAUUAGGAAGAAGCUCUGCACUAUGAGAGUGGUGAAACACUGCAACAGGUUGCCAGGAGGUGUAGUGGAGGCUCCAUCCCCAGAGACAUUCCAGAUCAGACCUGAUGGGGCCCUGGGCAGCCUUGAUCUAGCUGGAGGUGUCCCUGCUGACUGCAGAGGGGGUUGUAGACGAUGGUCUUUGAGGGUCCCUUCCAACCUGGUGCACUCUGUGGCUCUGUGACUUGCUUCUGGGCUGCUGCCAGUCCUGUGGCAGCCAUGGGCCAGAUGGGCAAUGUCUCUCCACCUUGCACCACCUGCCUAAAGGAAGUGCUUUAAAACAACCCCAAGCAGUGCUACAGGCUGGGGACAGAG